CCGCCGGGCGCAGGGGCGCGGUGGCCGUGGCCGGCUGGGGAGGCUCCGACCCGGGCACGCUGCGCCCGCUGCUCGGCCUCUGCAACGGGGUCGCUCAGCCAGACACGAGCGCGGGGCGGUUCCCAACCCCCUGGACUCCAGCCAGUCGCAGACUCCGUGAGGACACUUACUACAUCUGUAGCAAUGUAUUUCUGCUGUUUCUGCCUAGGCCUGCGAAGGACCGGCCCGGGAGGCACCUUGGUCCUCCUGCUCCUCUGUGCCUAAGAGAGCUGACCACCGAAAGGAGGAGACUUGAGGAAGAGGAGGCGAAGAAAGCGGCCCAGAGUGGAGCCGGCGAAGGCACUUGUACCCUCAGCCCCAGUGCAGGGGGCCAUGAUAGGGUGCCGGGGGGCUGCCUGUCUUGCCCCUUAUACUGGAUGAAGAGCAGAUGGCAGACCUGGACCCUGGUAGGGGAUGAGGAGAAGCAGAAUUCGCUCUACACCAAGAUUGGCAGCAAGAGGACGAAGGGGACAGAAGGCAGGGCCCGGGGACAGGCCGAGCACAUUGGAGCAGGUGUGAAGGCUCCUGUCAGGAAUAUGCUGCAGAGAGGAGAAACAGUUGAAGAGGGAGACUCACCGCACUGCAGAUGCUUCCUCAUCCCUGAUGUGGGCACCAGAGCAGCCAAGCCAGGUUCUUCCUUGUUGCAGUAG